AUGGGAUUGCUAAUUUCGUUCAUGUUGCUAUUCUUUGGAAUGUCUUGGAAUAAAUUCAAUCUGUUAUUAUCAAAAUUAAACAACUUUAUGUUUCCAUCUCUAUAUCCACUUACCACCAAUGAUUCUAAAUUAUCUAUAUCCAUACACAAUGGGCUCUCUUUAUUCAUUUAUUUUGAAAUUGGGGUUAUAAAAUUUUAA